ACUGCCGCCUAAGCGCGUGCUGCGAAAGGAAGUGCUUCUCUUCUGACCAAUCAGCGGCGAGAAGCCGUUUUAACGUCCCUCCCUUUUCUACCCCUCCUUCCCCGCUCUCUGAUUUCUACCCCCUCCUACUCCCUUCGGUUCUACCGGGUUCGACCCUUCCAGGACACCGUCGCCCGCGCUCUCGUCUUGGAGUCUGGCCGCGACCUCACUUGGCAGUAUGGCCAGCUCAGAGGCUGAAUGGGUAACAAUUGCCAAUAACCUUCUUUUUAAAUGUCACAUACACCUGAGGAUACACGAACUUCAAGACUGUGAUGCUAAUGUUUUUAUUGCCCUUUAUCAAUCCAUUUUGGGAGAAAAGGUACCAGACCUCAUAGUUAUUCCCAGGAAUCAAGAAGACAACGCCCACAAUGUGCAAGCUGUAAUCGAUUCACUAGCUUUGGAUUACCUCCAGGUCAGCCUGUCUCAUAUAACAGGAGAGAACAUAGUGAAAGGGGACAAGGGAUCCAUAAAGAAUCUCCUAGAAAUAUUUGAUGGAUUGCUGGAGUAUCUGACAGAGCACAUCAGCGAAUCGUCUCACAACAGAAGUGCAUCUGAACAGUUUUGUAGAGACUCUUGUGGAGAAGAACCGGUGGAAGAGCUAGAAAGUGCCAAGGAGUCAUCCUGGAGAAAAGUUCCUUUUAUGAGGUGCUCCUUCUCAUCCGAUGCUUUGGGCCCCACCUGGGAUGAAGAGGAAGCUGAGUCCACAGGGGAAAUAAUCAGACUUGGAGACACUGCACACACCUUCUCCCUAAGGAGUAAUGGUGCCCAGAAUUCUAUGAAUUUCUGGUCUAGAAAAGCCUCAACUUCAGGCACUAGGCCGCCUGAGGAAAUGUUGAACCCUGGCUUAUCAAGUUUCCUGUUCAAGAAUGGGCCAACGUGUGAAGAAGAAGAAGCUCCUCCUAUACACAUGGCUACGAGUGCCAGGAAGCUCGGCGAGCCGAUCCGAGCCGCCAUUCCCUUACAUCCUCCCUACCACCCUCCUGAGCGGAGAGCGCCUUGUCCCAUAGGCAAGGAAUACCUCUGCUCAGGUCACUACUUGUCUACGCCGACUUCUGGAGAGCACAUGGCACCUUCUGUGGAACCAGGUGAUGUUUUCUUAACUUCUACCUUAUGUAAAGAUGAUGAUCAGGAAACAGAUGAUGAUCUAGAUCUGACUGAAAGUUCCAAGACAAGGAGGCUUUUGAAAGGAGAAAGAAGCGAAAACAGAGCUGUGGCCCCCUCAGAGUAUCCACCUUUCUCUCAGAAGGCCAGGAAGCGGCUAACAGAACAGGAACUGCAUGCCAUGUCAGAGAAACUCUCUCAGCGGCUCUCCGAACUCGACUGGAUGUUAAAAACUGCACUGGGCGAUCGAGCGACAGGCGAGGCUCAUGGUAAAGAUGGCGGAGCUGGAGAUGAAGAGGCGCACAGUGCAAACGAGGAGAUGCUAUCGCAGCACAGUGACGGCGUCAUGGAGUACGGACCAAGGAAGCCGAGGCCAGGGUUUUCUAUGCACAGAAAGGCACCUUACAGGUCCCAUUCCCUGUCGCCAUCUUCAGUGAACAAACACAGUCAGUCAGAGAAAGAGAGAAAAAAGCAACACAAAUCUAAAGGGACGGACACACACCAUUUCCAUGCAAAGGCAUUAACUGAAGCAUUUGAACGGGAACUAAGAAAAAACAAAGUUCAAGAGAACGUUGGACUUCGAGGGAUAAGGGAGGAGGAAGAGGAAACAGAAAAGUCAUACAAAGAAGCUUUCGCUAAAGGAACUACAAAACAGAGUCAGGUCCAGAAGAUUUACUCCAGAAAAACUGUAGCUCCGACUCCUAAAGGUGGUCUCCUGAAGUCAAGCAAGGCGUCUCCGAUGAAAGUAAAUGAACACAGUCUGCUGUCCCUGAUGCUGGAACAGUUUCCAUUUCUCUAUGUUUCUGACCCAACUCUGACCAAAAUGUGGAAGCAGCAGAUGGCACAGGUGGAGCAGCUCAGAAGGGAAGCACAGAGAGAGAACCGAUCCAAGAAGAAACUCCAGGACGAAAUAGAAGAAGCCCUGAGAAGGCACGACCUCCUUACCGCUCUUGUCAAGAAAGAGUAUGACCAUAACAAGAGACUGCAAGACUUCAAGGACCGAAUUCACAAACAAAGGUUGACCCAAUCAAAGAUAAAAGAAAAUCGUCAUCAAAGUGUUCGUGCCCGAAAAUAUUAUGACGACUACAGAGUUCAGUUACGUGCAAAAAUGAUGAAGAUGAGAACCCGGGAGGAAAUGAUCUUUAAGAAACUGUUUGAAGAAGGUUUACAAAUUCAGAAACAAAGACUACGAGACCUAAGAAACUACGCCAAGGAGAAACGCAGCGAAGAAAAGAGACAGCACCAGAACGAGCUGGACUCGAUGGAAAACUACUAUAAGGACCAGUUCUCAUUGCUGGCAGAGGCCAUCUCACAGGGACGCCAGGAACUCAAAGCAAGACAGAGAUCCCAGGCUCAGACGUUACACAAGGUGAAGAGGGAGCUGAGAGCAAAGAUGGAGAAGGAAAUUGAGCAGCUGCAGCACUUGAUAACGCAGAGCGACGACGAUGCGUUCUUCCGGGAACUAGAAGCUGAGCGCUUCAAAGCACGGCUGCAGCUGGCUUCCUUCCAGUACAGUAAAAAUCCUUUCCCAAGAGGCCAAACUCCAUAGGUGAAGUUUCUAGACACCUUUAUGUGAACAGAGCUAGACCUGAGCCAGUAAACAGUCUAAACCAGAACAUGCCUUAUUUAUGUAUUCAUGUUAAAAGUUAGAAUUUUUUAAAUAAAAGACUUUUUUUUUU